AUGAGCUCCUAUUUUGUAAACUCAUUUUGCGGUCGCUAUCCAAAUGGCCCGGAGUACCCGUUACAUAAUUAUGGAGAUACGAAUGCCGUGAGCGAGCAAUUCAGGGAAUCGGCCAGCAUGCAUUCCGGCAGGUACGGCGGCUACGGCUACAAUGGUAUGGAUCUCAGCGUCGCCCGCUCUGCUUCCAGCCACUUUGCGCCAGGGGGGGCCACAGAGAGAGCUCGCGGCGGCAGUUACCCCUCCAGCGCCAGCACCAACGCCAGCGCCGCCACCCCCGACGCCAGGUACGCCAACCGGGCAGCGGCCGCUCACUCGCCUCCGCCUGAGUCGUUGCCUUGCGCCGCCGUGGCUGCCUCGCCUGUCAGCGGCGACACUCAUCACGGUGGGGGGAAAACCUCCACCGUUAACUCGACCACCAGCACUUCGUCCACUGGCAGCACCAGCCACCUGGGCAGAGAAGGGCUUAGCACGUCGCCGGUCGCCCAGGAGGAUCCUCCCGCCAACAGCGAGCAGGCGACCUCCCAGCAGAACGACCAAAACGCAGCGCAACAGGGUCCCCAGCCCCAGAUCUACCCUUGGAUGAGAAAACUGCACAUAAGCCAUGACAACAUAGGGGGGCCCGAAGGGAAAAGGGCUCGGACUGCUUACACCCGCUACCAGACCUUGGAGCUGGAGAAAGAGUUUCACUUCAAUAGGUACCUGACCCGCAGGAGGAGGAUUGAAAUAGCACAUGCUCUUUGCCUCUCAGAGAGACAAAUCAAGAUCUGGUUCCAAAACAGGCGUAUGAAAUGGAAAAAGGAUAACAAGCUGAAGAGCAUGAGCAUGGCAGCUGCAGGAGGAGCCUUUCGCCCUUAA